AUGGGGUCCCCUGCYGCCCAGAAAAGAAAGAUUGUUCCCAAUGGGCCUGCUGCCAAGAGGAAAUCCUCCUCAAGCAGCGAUGACAGCUCCAGUGAGGAAGAUGAGACCCCACCAGCCAAGAAACCAGCUAAAGUAACAACUGCACCCAAGGUGAAAGCCGCCACUCCUGCCAAGAAGGCAGAGAGCAGCAGUGAGGAUUCCAGUGAGGAUUCAGACUCUGAGGAGGAGAAGCAGCCAGCAAAGAAAGGAACAAAAACAGCAGUGAAACCACCUGGCACCAAAAGCCAGCCUCAGAAGAAAGCAGAGAGCUCCAGCUCUGACUCGAGCAGCUCAGACGAGGAAGCACCAAAGAAACAGCCAGCAAAACCAGUGACACCUAAAUCAGGAACUAAAGCUGCCCAGGUAACUACCAAACCAGUCAAUGGAAAAGCAGCAAGCAGUAGCAGCAGUAGUGAAGAUUCUGAUGAGAAAAAGGCUGCCCCAAAGAAGGCUCUUCCCAAGAAAUCGCCUGUAGUGAAACCUGCAGCCCCUCAAGCUUGUCCAGGCAAAGCCAAACCUGCCAAGGCAAGUUCCAGUAGCAGUGAGGACUCUUCUGACAGCUCGGAGGACGACAAGCCAGCUGCAAAACAAAAGCCCAAGUCUGGUCCGUACAGUGCUGUACCACCUCCCCAAGCUGCACAGCCAAAGAAAGGCCCUGCCAAGGCUCCUGCAAAAGAGGCUGAGAGCAGUGACUCCUCAGACAGCAGUGAUGAGGAAGAGCAGGUGCCCACAAAGGGAGGAGCAGGCAAAGCAGUGGUGGCUAAAACAGUUCCUGGUGCCAAAAACAAAGCUGUGACUGCCAAGAAGGCCGAAUCCAGUUCGGACAGUGAUUCAGAUUCUAGCUCUGAGGAUGACAAGAAAGGGGGAAAGCUCCCUGCUAAACAACCUGUGAAAAAGAAUCCUUCUAAACCAGCAAAGGUAGCUGCCAAGCCUGCACAAGCAAAGAAAGACUCCAGCUCCUCCUCGGACAGCUCAGAUUCUGACAGCUCUGAAAAUAAGGCCCCUGUGAAGCCUGCAACUAAAGCAACACCCCCUGCAACCAAGAAAUCACAAGCUACCACAAAGAAAGCAGAAAGUAGCUCUGAUUCAGAUAGUAGUUCCAGUAGCUCUGAGGAUGAGAAAAAGAAGAAAGCCCCUCCAGCUAAACUGCCUGGCAAAGCGGGUAAGCCAGUGUCCAAACCUGGYACCCCAGCUCCCAAAGCAAGCUCGUCAGACUCUGAUAGCUCAAGCAGUGAGGAAGAGAAGAAGCCAGCAGCAAAACCUGUCGGCAAAUCUACAGGGGCCACAAAAGCACCUGUGGGGAAGAAGGUGGCUGCUGCUAAUAGUAGUAGUAGCUCAUCUGAUAGUUCCAGUGAAGCAGAUGAGAAGCCCAAAAAGACACGGAAAGGGGCAGUGAACGGUUCUCUUAGCACUGCUUCCACAGAGAAAGCAAAAGCUUCAUCUACACCAGCAGCGAGUAAGCUGAAGUCCAAACCAGCUGCUGACAGCAGUAGCAGCAGUGAAAGCAGCUCUGAAGAAGAAACUGGAAAAGCAAACGGAGGUAUGACACAGAAGAAGCGGAAGAGAGAAGAUGUCCAGGAGCUAGAGACACCAAACACUAAAAAGGCAAAGAUCAAAACCAAGACACCAAAUACAUUUCCCAGGGUGAAACAGCCAUCCUCUCCAUUCCGACGAGUAAGAGAAGAAGAGAUUGAGCUGGAUGCUCGUGUUGCGGAUAAUUCAUUUGAUGCAAAGAAAGGCGCUGCUGGUGACUGGGGGGAGAAGGCUAACAAUAUCCUCAAGUUCACRAAAGGCAAAACUUUCCGUCAUGAGAAGACAAAGAAAAAACGAGGCAGCUACCGUGGGGGCACUAUAUCGACCCAAGUCAACUCCAUCAAGUUUGAAAGUGACUGAGAAUGUCUCCUUGGGAAUUAAUAAACCGUCCGCUCACCAGAGUCACUUGGAUGGGCGUGUGAAUGUUAUGGACACCAAUCCUGUCUGGAAUGUUAUCUCCCCUCGCUCCAUGUGGGGACAGGCAGCUCCAACAUAUGGGGAUGUGGGAAAAUGAUUGGACAUUCCCCCCAUUUAUUUUUGUCUAUUUCUAGUUUAGACCCAUAAUAGGGAUCCCUCCACAACUUAAAUUAUGUACAGUCUUAUUUUUAAAAGGCUGUCAGUGAUUUUUUCAUUUCAAGGUCCUGCCUAUCUAGUAAAGGAAAGAGAACAUCUUUUCUGUAGUGUAACCUCCCAUUUCUUUUUCAGGUAGUUUAACUAUAGGUAGGUAGCUGUGAAAUUGCAACUAAAAUAACUUGCCUUUGAUUGGUUGCUGUAAGAGCAACAAUUCCCUUGAACCAUUUUGCUGUAAUCCCCACACCCAUUUCACAUUUGUAGUUCCCAAUUGCAGUAUGACAGGGUUCCUCUUUUCUGUUUCUGCUUUUUGUUUUUUAUCUURCAGCAAGUUAACACCUUCCUUCCUCUCCUGAUCCUGUUGAGGCUACUAGACUGAGUAGUUAAACAGAGCAUUAACACACCAGGGUAGUUGAGGAAUCAUUGCUUGGGGUGUUACCACAAUGGACAAGUUCUGUAGUGCUGUAGCACUCUUGAUAAGCAUUUUGUGAAUGUAGCCAGGGCAGGAAGACAUACAGGAACUUUUGGCUAUAUGGAGGUUCUAAUAUAACAUUUUUUUGGCCUUUAUGAAAUGCUUAAAUGGCAUAGGAAAAAAACACUUUUUUCCUACUCAGCUCUGCUUUUUGUUGUCUCCUAAUUUCAGAGGUUUUAAACUGCAGCCUGAUGCUGUUCCUUGUUCUCUCUGAGCAAAUAAUGUGCCAGUGCAUACUUUUUCCCUAGCAAUGUGCAGUGCAGCUUAUGAAGACCUGAGAUGAAUGUAACAUAGAUGCCUUAAUUUCUUCCCUAAGUGGGGUUGCUUGCUCUCUUGAAGCUAUUUUCUCCCCAGGAAGAAGUAAAAUGUAGGUUUCCCCUUAGCGCUGCGGUAUGUGAAGCCUGUUGCUGUAAGGUUUGAGGUGUUGGCUUCAAGCACAAGUUCUGCAUUGGGAGUGCAAAUUCAGCAACUUGCAGCCUAAGCUGAGCUUUCCUGGGCAGUGGAGAUCAUCUAAUGGCUUGUUGCUGUUGAGGGCAGUUCUUACUUUCUCCCUUCUAUUUGUCCUUGCCUCCUUACCAUUUCUGGYGCAGCUCAAAAAUGUGAUAGAAAAUGGUUCUCCUACUGCUUUUUUUUCCCUUCCUCUCCUAUUAGGUGAGUUAGAUAAAAUUAUUUUAUGGAGCAAUCCAAUCCCCCAGUCAGUAUAAUUCAGCAAUGGCAGAGCAUGUUAAGGAUGAGGGGCAAUAAAGGGCUGUUAGAUCUGCUCACCUCAUCUCAUGAAACUUGGAUGGAUUUCUGAGUUUCCAGUUGCUCCCAGCAAGGUGACACAGCAAGGAGCCCUGUUGUUACAGGAAGCCACAUGUGUGUGCAACACCAGAUAAUUGGGUGUUGGAUGAGGCUGACGAACCACCCCCGUGUACGUGA